CAGGAGAGAUCCAUGCAGACAGAGCAAACUAGAAGGAUGGAGCGGUAUUUGAUCUUUGCGAUGACGACUUGGAGUGCAGGGUUCCUCUGCUCUUCCACGGAUGCUUUCCAAAGGAUCCCAUUAAAGAAAAUGCCCUCAAUCCGUCAGACCUUGCAAGAGAUGGGUGUGAAAGUGUCGGACGUCUUCCCUGUCCUGAAGCAGGAUAAAUACGCCGGCGCCGCAGGCCCUCGGAAUGGAACGGCCCCCACUAUCCUCACCAACUAUCUGGACACCCAGUACUUUGGCGAGAUCAGCAUUGGCACACCGCCACAGACCUUCAAAGUGGUCUUCGACACGGGCUCGGCCAACCUUUGGGUGCCUUCCUCCAGAUGCUCUCCCCUCUACAGCGCCUGUGUGUCUCACAACCGCUAUGACUCUUCCAAAUCCCGCACGUACCUGGAGAACGGAACGGGGUUUGCGAUCCAGUAUGGAUCAGGGAGCGUGAAAGGUUUUCUCAGCCAGGAUGUUGUCAUGGUGGCCGACAUCCCCAUUAUCCAGGUCUUUGCUGAGGCCACGGCGCUGCCUGCUUUCCCCUUCAUCUUUGCCAGGUUUGAUGGGGUGCUGGGCAUGGGGUACCCCAGCCAGGCCAUCGAUGGCAUCACCCCGGUGUUUGACCGGAUCCUCUCCCAGCAGGUCCUGAAGGAGGAUGUGUUCUCAGUCUACUACAGCAGGAACUCUCUUUUGAAACCUGGAGGGGAAAUUAUCCUUGGAGGAAAGGAUCCAGCCUACUACACCGGGGAUUUCCACUACAUGAACGUCAACAAGAAAGGCUACUGGCAGAUCAGCAUGAAGGGGGUGUCCGUUGGGGCUGAAAUGCUGUUCUGCAAAGAAGGCUGUUCGGUGGCCAUCGACACAGGAGCCUCCUACAUCACCGGCCCAGCAGGCUCCAUCGCCGUGCUGAUGAGAGCCAUUCAGGCGACCGAGCUGGCGGAAGGAGGGUAUAUCGUUGAUUGUGACAAAGUCCACCUGCUGCCUGAUAUCUCCUUCCACCUCGGCGGGAAAGUCUACGUGCUCAGCGGCUCAGCCUACAUCCUCAGGCAAUCCCAGUUUGGAGAGGACAUCUGCACUGUGACAUUCGCAGGUCUGGACAUCCCUCCCCCAACCGGCCCCCUCUGGAUCUUGGGAGCCAGCUUCAUCGGGCACUACUACACUGAAUUUGACCGGAGGAACAACCGGAUUGGCUUUGCCACCUCCCUCUGACAGCAGGAGUGGGAGAGCUGGGUGGGGGGUGGGGAGAGAGAGGUUACCGAUUUGGAGAAGAAACCCAAGAGUGCCAAGGAAAAGCAUUUCAAACUGUGAAAGAGAAUAGCUUAGUGAAGUAGGCCUUUUAAGGCACAAGCAUAUCCUGUCUAUAAGCAAAGUCCACUUUGAAAAUCAAUGCUACACUUCAGUGACAGGUAGGACCCUAUCAAAUUUGUGGUCCAUUUUGGCCAAUUUCACAGCCAUAGGAUUUUAAAAAUGGUAAAUGUCAUGGUUUCAGCUAUUUAAAUCUGAAAUGUCAUGGUGGCAUAA